GAGAUUCAUCUUUGACAUUGAAUGCCCAUGACCUUUAUAAGUUCUACUUUACGAACACAGAACCCAUGAUCCCCUGGCCAGAAUAACAGUCCCUUAAGGUCGCGAGACCUUCACACAUCAUACACGAAAACAAAACCACAUUUCAUGCACUCGCGCAAACACAUUUAACAGAACAGUCAAAAUGAGCAGGUGGUUUAGAUCUGCCGUCAAGGCAGCACCUACAAUGGUUGGAGAAGACGAAGAACAGCAUUUACGGGAUGUCGAGGCUGCGAUGUUAAAAUUGUUGAACGACGAUAUCGAUGAAGCAGACAAACUACUGAAGAAAAACGAUUCCUCAUACCAUCAUCUUGGGAGAGGAAUAUCCGGAUUUUUGUCUGCGAUGAUGGGUGUAGAGAAGGAUUUACUCAAGGAAGCUGCGGCAAUUUUACUAGAAGCCGAGAAUAAAAGUUGGGAAGACAUGAAGAAAGCUCAAAAGGAUACUACGGCUUUCCAAUCAAAAAUAUACCCACAGGGUACAGAGUAUCUGUUGUGUUAUUCUGUGGCUCAAUUGACGAGUGCGAUCACGGCCGUUCUCAGCGGAAGUAUCACAGAAGCAGUCAAGGGCUUUUACAAGUUGAGAAAGGCAUAUCUUACGCUGGAUGGAAUCCUGGAGAUCGAGAACAAACAUUUGGAGAAGAUGGCGAGUUCGAGUUCAAGUACGACUUCACUCACUUCUAGACCUCCAAGCCGAAAGAGUACUUUACCAGCAGUUACGGUUGAUGAUAUUGCACAUCAAACGGCAAAUAUCUCUGUGGGAGACCUCGAUGAAAAGAUGGACGAGCACAAUGCUUCACUUCCAGACGUCUCGAGACCGCCUUCACCACCCUCGGUUACUAACCCCUAUGAUAUUGAGCCGGAACUUGCAGAAAGAGUGUUCACCAACCGAACAGAUAUUUUCAUACAUUCUGGAGUUCGAUUGUGUUGCGGCCUUUUACUCCUUGUUUUCUCUAUGAUUGAAAAUCCAAUCUUCAACAAAAUAUUGUACAUCGUCGGAUUCAAAGGGGAUCGAGAACGUGGAACCAGACUCCUAUGGCAAGCGACAAGAUAUCAAAAUUUCAACAGUGCUAUUGCUGCUCUUGCUUUGCUUGGAUAUUACAAUGGAUUGGCUGGAUUCUGUGAUAUUCUACCUACAGACGCUGGAGCUGAUGAAAAUCUUACGGGAUACCCAAAAAAGAAAUGCGAGGCGCUUCUGGCUGAAAUGAAAUCUCGACACCCCCAUUCUAGAUUGUGGAAACUGGAAGAAGCUCGCAUGUUAUCUUAUAACAAAAACUUGCAAGGUGCGCUUGAAAUCUUGGAAGAUAACUCUAAGAGUAAGAUGAAACAAAUUGCUAUGAUCAAUACAUUCGAGAUGGCUCUUACUACCUUGUUUUUCCACGAGUAUCAAAAAUCGGCGGCGGCAUGGAUCAAUUGCAGCGAACAAAGUGCCUGGAGUCCAACGUUAUACCACUACAUGGCCGGUGCUUCAUAUGUCGAACUUUACCGCAAUACGCGACUCAGCGAUCCUACAGCCGCUAAGAUCCAUAAGAAACAAGCUACUGAAUUUCUCCUGAAAGCUCCACCUCUAGCAGGCAAACAAAAGGUCAUGGCUAAGCAACUCCCUUUCGAUAUCUACAUAGUAAGCAAGGUAGGUAAAUGGGAACAAAGAGCCAAAACAUGGAAUGUAGAUCUUGUGGAUGCAAUUGGACCCAGUCCUUUUGUUGAAAUGAUAUACUUCUGGAAUGGAGUUAAGAAAAGUGGAAAUGUGGAGUUGCAGAAAUGCUUAGAUCUUCUCGAGGAGAAUAGAAUGACGUGCCCGGAGAAAUGUAACGAGGAUGAGGAUGAUAAAGCUAUUCAUCUUUUGCUACGUGGAUGUGUGGUGAGGAACAUGGGGAGGUACGAGGAAGCGAGGAAGAUCUUGAAAGGGGAAAUUGUGGACUCUGAAAGACACGCGCGUGGCGCUCUCAGAGAUGACUGGACUCUUCCUUCCGCCUACUACGAAUUAGCGUGUUGUUCCUGGCACGAGAAAGAUUUGCCCCCAACGGGAGAUACAGCUUCGGAAGGGAAGAUUUCCGAUGGAAAGUUAAUAGAGUAUCGGAAGGAAAAGGUACUUGAUUGUGAAGAGAAAUUACUCAAAUUGCACAGUUGGCCACAAACUUAUGUUUUUGAGGCGAGGAUGAGCUUCAAGAUCAGUACUAGUUUGCUUACAGUCAGACGAGAGAAGGGAUUGGCUGGCCUAUAAAGGCAGAACAGAAGAUCGUCGGAUGAGGUGGGCGAUAGAGAUAGAUAGGCGAAAACACGUGGGACCAAAAUACGUGAGAUGUAGAAAGAAAAGACGCCCGUCGGUUUACGUUGGUAUUUAUAGAAAUAUGGAUCAGUUUUGGCAUUGGAGUUUUGGCUGGCGAGGUGGAUGGUUGCUGGGACUGGAUAACGGAGACACGAAUGAUAUCAUAGUGAUCUGAGAACGAAGAAUAGGUUCUGAAAGGACUUUAGGAAGAGAAUGAGGAUGAAUAAAUGAUUCGAGAUAGAUCUUCUAAAGAUUAGAUAAAUUGAGAUAGAAUGAAUUGAGAAAUGUUGAAAAGUAUACCA